ACGUGAUUCCAUAAUAUCUUGUACUUGUACAAUAAACGACACAUCUCCAAAUAUGAAGUAUUUUCUAAUUUUAGCUUUCAUUACGACCGUUUUGGCCUUCUCUUCCAACAGGGAAAUUCAGCUAAAAUGGAACAACUUCAAAAAAGUGUAUCAAAAAACAUACACCAAACACGAAGACAUGAAACGAAUGGAGAUUUUCCAAGAAAACGUACGAAAAAUUGAAAAACACAACAAACUAUUCGAGGAAAACAAAGUUACCUAUAAAAUGUCAAUAAACCAAUUCACUGACAUGACCAGUAAAGAAUUUUUGCAAAACCUAAACACCCGUAAAGUCGUCACAACUAAAUAUAGACGUCCAUCUGGUUCUAACGUUCCGGAACAAAUCGAUUGGAGAGAAAAAGGAGCUGUAACUCCGGUCAAAAAUGAAAAUACAUGUGCAAGUUGGGCAUUCGGCGUGGUUGGAUCACUCGAAGGCCAAAACUUUUUAACAAAUGGGAAACUUGUCGCACUCAGUGACCAAGAAUUGGCAGACUGUGUAAGUGGCGGAUGUACUGGAGGCAGUGUCGAAGCUGGCUAUGAAUAUGUGAAAGAAAAUGGAAUUGCGGCAGCUAAAGAUUAUCCUUCUGAUGUCACAAAUGGAACUUGUCGACGAGGAUCCGUACCAUCAACUGUGGAAAUAUCUGACUAUGUUUUCAUCUCUGGAGAUGAAGAAGCCCUUAAAGAAGCUGUUGCUACUAUUGGUCCCAUCUCUGUGGAAGUUGAUGCUACUUCUUGGGCGUUUUAUACUGGAGGAAUUCUUAAAAGUCAAGAUUGUACAUCAGUACCAAAUCAUGUGGUCCUGGUUGUUGGGUACGGAACCCUAGAUGGCGCCGACUAUUGGUUAAUUAAGAACUCCUGGGGAGUAAAUUGGGGUGAAGAAGGUUAUAUCAAAUUGGCUAGAAACACUGAUAAUAACUGUGGAAUCACCUCACAUCCCUCAUAUCCUGUGCUUUAAAAUAUUAUUACAAUUGAAAUAAAUCGUGGCGCUACAUCUUUUGUAUCUAUGUUACCUACAAGUAAAAAUAAAAUAAAUUGAUA